GGUUGUGGUGCUGCUCAGCCGUGCCUCCUCCUUGGUCCAGGCUGCAGGUACCAGCCAGUAGUGAGCAGCCCUCUGCCUCUUACGUGCCCCUGGGGCUGCCAGCGAGGAAAACACGAGCAGGGCUGAGAGCUUGUGGAUGUGAGCAAGGGAUGCAGAGAUCUGCCUGUGCACGGUAUGAUGCUCUCUCUGGCUGCUGGUGUCAGCAAACUCCUGCUCACAGAUUCUGCUGCAGAUUUGCCUGUUUUGUUAAACACCAUACUACUACUUGUGUUUUGAGGCCAGCUUCAACUGAGCAGAAAGUCAUUUAACUCUAACGUUCAGCCUCGGGACGUGGCUGAUGGCCCCAAACUUUCCCGUAUCUGAUUUGAGCAGUUGAGUGUAUUUUAUUAUAUCUAAUUCAUAACACAGUCUAUUAUUGGAAGAGCUGAUUUUGAGGCAUGGGGAGAAAUCAGAUUGCUGCCUUUAAAUUAGGCAACCGCUGCAGGGAGACAAAUAAUUUACAAAAUAAUGACCAAAUUCUGGAGGAGAAAAAUUGAGUUUGAGCUAAAUUUUGGAGGGAGUUAUUAAAAAUUGAUUUGUAAGUGCCACUGUGAUUUUUGGUAUCAUCUCUUCUUCCCUAGCUCUUACAGGUCCCAUUUUUCAUGCAGACUUGGGAGAGAGGCAGCUCCUCAAGAGCUGAGUCUCCCCACCCGGGCUGUGGUUUGUCGGCGGAGGCACCGUGCACCGAUGGGAGGCUGGUGGGGGGAGUCAGCUGUGUGCAAUCGUUUGGCUGCUUCUUGGGGGUGCCAGGAGCAGGUAGUACCAGACCCUCAAGUCUCACGUACAGCAGCCAGAGAGCAAGGUGCGCCUUUGCCCACCUGCUCUGUUCGGUUUGCAAGCAUCUUCGUCCUCUUCCUUGUCAUGGCUGUUACCUGCUGUGAUCCCACCCGUGUGGCACGGGGGCCAUAUCUCUGUAGGAUUGAGCUGCCCUCCACAUCAGCGUGUCCUGAUGCCCGUUGGGGCCUUUUCUCUCCCUGCCUGAAGAAUUGCAUGUUCUCCUGCUCUGGGCUCCUGCCAGGCCGUCGCAUGGUGGAUGUUGGAAGGAGAAGCCUGUUGUCCUGGGCAGAGCUAGCUCCUAGACAGCACUUGCACAGGGCAUCAGCCCCAAUGGGCUCCGUCUGCCUCCCCACGCUUCUCUCCCGUGGUGGAGCUGGUAUCCUUCCCAGCACAGCGGGCAGAGGGAGGUGCCGUUACCCUGCCGAGUCACGGCUGCUGUCGUGUGUGUCGGGGCUGGUGUGUGGCCAGCGGUCUGCGGUAAGAUUUACAGCUGGCUCUUGGCACUCACAAGCAGCUCUCCACCUCUGUGUCAGCACCGAUGCCUCAUGGCUAUUUAUUCUCCUCUCUUUUCUGGGCUCUGUUUUCUUUUUUGAUACUUGUUGGGAUGAGCAAGGGACGCAUCCUGUCUGUGCUGAGCAGGGUUGUGCCGGACGGAGGCUUCUCCCCAUGGAGGUGAUGGAGAUUUUUUGGCAGGGUUCAACCAGGGCCCUCCCGGCAGCGUACAGGGGUGAGGAUGCUCUAAUGACCCGAGGCUGUGGCAGCCGUGGCUGUGCCCUGCUCAGCAGCUUGCUCUCCCAGCCUACAGCAAGCGAUGCUCCAGCAGUACUGAUCUGCAGCACGCUGACCCCCGCACCCUGGUUUCGGCCCCUCUGCUGUGGCCGUUGCCAGAACAACAAGAUGGGAUGGGCAACAGAGCAGCGUGCCGAGACUGCGAUGGCAGCGUGGACGUCCCCUCCCGCAGAGGUGAGCUUCAGCACGGGGCCUUAUGCCCUGGCAAGGCAGGAGGACACGUGUCUGCAGCAUGGACUCGCUCACGACAGAGAUGCACACCUGUUUUCAUAGCAGAUCUGAGCUGCUGAAAGGGCCCCUGGUGUGGCAUCCAGCGUGGCGUAAGUGAAGCCUGGAAAUAGUAUCUGCUUCCUCUUUAAAUAAAAGCCGAGCCCACAGGCACUGAGCACACGAACACGAGAUGCUCUAUAAUGCUGGGAGGGCUCAAGAGACUUGGGGCACCUCCUGAGUCUGCGAAUGCUUUAGUCCAGUCUCCACUCUCUAAAACAAGUGCUUUUUUUUCACCCAGAUUUUGCAUCUGUUACGCAGAAGCGGCCGAGAAACAUUCAGGGUGGGCACAGAGCCCCCCGCAGCCCACCCAGCUGCGGGCCGUGCCGGGGAGUCCCCCCUUGCUGGAGGCGCGGGCAGAGGCAGGUGACUGGCUUUCGAGGAUGCAGAAUAUGAUGCAAAGUCCUUUCCCCCUCCAGA